AUGCGCGGCAUCCAGAUCAAGGAAUAUGUCAAGUCUCCCAAGGAGCUCCUCGUGACAGACCUCCCGGACCCCGUCCCCGUGAAGGAUGACGAGUACCUCAUCCAAGUCCACGCCUCGGCCGCAAACUUCUUUGACAUUCUUCAAAUCCAAGGGAAAUACCAGACCCAGCCUCCGUUUCCCUGGAUCUCUGGCGCCGAGUUCGCGGGUACAGUCCUCAAAGCGCCCUCCUCCAACCCCAAAUACCCCGUCGGCGCCCGCGUCUUCGGCGCCACCCAGGGCGCCUUCGCCACGAAGUGCCUCGCCCGUGAGCGGGAGCUGCUUCCCAUCCCCGAGGGCUGGUCCUACCAGGCGGCCGCCGGCCUCUUCGUCACGGCGCCCACGUCCUACGGCGCACUCGUCGUUCGCGCGGGCAUCAAGCCGGGGGACAUCGUUCUUGUCCACGCCGCGGCUGGAGGCGUCGGCCUCGCCGCUGUGCAGGUCGCCAAGGCGUUCGGCGCCACCGUCAUCGCGACGGCCUCGACGCCCCGCAAGCUCGAGAUCGCAAAGGCGUUUGGUGCGGACCACGUCAUCGACUACCGCGAGGCCGACUGGCCCGCCAAAGUCAAGGCGUUGACGCCCAAGGGCAGGGGUGUGGACAUCGUCUACGACCCCGUGGGAAUGGUGGAUGCGAGCACAAAGUGUACGGCGUGGAACGGCCGCAUUCUCAUCAUUGGCUUCGCCGCCGGCAAGAUUGAAAAGGUCGCCAUGAACAAGGUCCUUCUCAAGAACAUCAGCCUUGUGGGCAUAUUUUGGGGCCAGUAUGCCGUCAAGGAGAAGGAGACGGUCGUCGAGGUAUGGAAGGGCAUUAUGAAGCUCGUCGCCGAGGGCAAGUUGCGCGGGACCGAGUUCACCGACGAGGAGUUCGUUGGGCUUGAGCGCAUUCCUGACGCUCUGAUAGCCUUGGGAAGCCGAGGCACUUGGGGUAAGGUGGUGGUCAAGAUCCCUCAGGAUGGCCAAAGCAAGCUAUGA